AUGACUGAAACUUUUAAAGUUUGCAACCGUGACUUGUUUGAUUUUUGUCUUGGAUAUUUUUUCGGGCAAUUGGUUACUAGGUUGCAACAAAAAAAUAUUAGUCCUUUUGAUCACUUAUACUCCUCUCGGUUACGCCCCUUGCCCCAAACUCACCCCACCUGGAGAAAGAUCUUUCCAUUUGUAUUAAAUUUUUACUCCGUGCUAUUGUUUGCAUCUGUUCUUUGCGUAUCUAUUGUCAAGGUGACUUCAUCUUACUUGCAUCGAUUUGGAGAUUGUGAGUCAUGA